UGAGAAGUUCUCAGCCUUAUGCUUACUCAUAACGCCGCACGUCGGCCGGAUCGAGCGAACUCACGCAGUAAUACUUCCCCUUUCCCCUUAGUCUCCUGCCACACACACCUCGAGAGCAUACACGCGUAGCGAGGCUUCUCACGAACCGCGUACUACGGCUUGGACGAUGACGCAAGCCAUUGGACCAUUUGAUGGACGUAAGAUGCGAAGGAAGCGAUGCGACCGUUGCACGGAACGCCGAAUUAAGUGUGUUGGCGGAGACCCUUGUCAAAAUUGCAGUAGGACCAAUCGUACAUGUCUGAGAACGGCAAGGCGAGAACCUACGGCUCUAGUCUUCGUUCACGCAACGCAAACAAAAUAUUCGAGAAGCAUCUGUGUUCAACACAAGGGAUCUGGUGUUGCGCUACCUCUACAGAUCCCUCCUAUGCGGAGCAAUGUCUACCUGACAUACUUCUUCACAUCGUUCUUGUCGCAGAAUGCAUUCACCAGCAGGUCUCCGCAAUUCCGAACCUCGCUUUCAUCACUCGUCCACUGCUCUUCCGAGCUCCAUGAUGCUAUCAAUGCGAUAUCCGCACUUCACAUCACUCAGCAUACAGAUGAUAUGUCAGCCACGGGCGACUAUCCUGCCGCACUCCAUGCAUAUUCCCGCUCGGUCAAGUGCCUCCAGGCUAAGAUUGCGUCGAGAACGAUCGUGCGCGACCCCUCAGCAUUGUGGACGACGUUGCUACUAGGGGUGUUUGAACUGAUGCGGGACCCCACCGGCACAAACUGGCUCGCGCACUUCCUGCACGGCACGAGUACAAUGCUGUGUCUGCAAGGCCCUAGCAUGCUUCUACAAUCGACCCCGGAGAGCGAACACCACCAAGCCUUCUUCAUCAGUGCGCGGAUCUUCGAGAUCUCGCGCGCCCUGAUCUACACCGAACCCACCUUCCUCGCCACACCGGAGUGGAGUGCCGCGGUCGAGGUGUACUGGCUGCAGAACCCGACGGCCUGGACACCCAAGGAGUCGUUGUUCGACAUCCUACCGCAGUUCGUAGACCUGGCUAUACGGACGCUCGAAUUCAUCACCAAUGAAGGCGAUGCACCGCAGCACGAGCAGGACUCCACUGCCAUGUCGUUGGCCCAAAAUGGCAUUUUUCUGGAAUCGAUUCUUCUGAAUUGGCACUCGGAUUCCUCGUCCUGGCUAUCAAGUGCCACUAGUGCCGGCGAGUCGAGCGCAGAAGCCAGCAUGGCGCGGUUGUACUACUACACCAUUUCCAUCUACCUCGACGGCAUCUUCUCGUACCACGCACCUUUCACCGGACCGUCCGCACCGGCCUGUCCCACGCUAUACGACGCUGUAGUCGAGAGCUAUGUUGACAGUAUUCUCGCGUUGAGCCAGGAAUUGCUGGCCCAAGGGUGCGCAGGCAUCCUUUUGUUCUUCCCGCUGCGAGUCGCUGGUGCCCGGGCUCGAGAUUCUGUGGGUCGUGUGGAAAUCCUACGCCUAUUGGGCUUGGUAUCGACGAGAGGUUUUACCGUUGCUCAGUCGUUUGUGGAUGAUCUCAGCGAGCUGUGGGGCAUACGGUGAAUGGGCUAUCUGAACCGGCACUACAACCCACGCACAAGUCGUGAAACGGGGCGCACGUCUCCACACCGCCACACCGAUGAUAGAAGCGAAGAUUGUGAGGGCGGUACGUACCCGUUCGCGUUCUGAGAAUUUCGUUUUUACAUGUUUACGUUCACGUUUAAGAGUCUAUGUUUACG